CGAUACUUAGCAGGUUGCAUUGGUCAACGAAUGUCAACGUUGUCAGUUCCUCAACCAUACUGUAAGACAGAUACAAGCCGGAGCAGCAGCAAUGGGUAAGGUCUGUAAUACAUUAACGACAGAGAUAGGAAACGAGAGAAAAAAGACGCACUACGAUAGCUACUUAGGAUGGCGAUGAGUCGCAAAGGAAAGACGUGGGCGGCCGCAUCAGUUGUGGCAAUUUUUGUCAUUUAUAACGUCGGUUUCAGCUCGGUUUUCUUUCGCCACUAUGCCCAGGGAGGGAAGAAAAUCAACGGAAAGAAAAUCUCUAGACCAAAUGGUUCUCUUUUGACCGAAAUACCAGCUCCCACGCCUCUCCCGAUCGAUCUAUCAACUCCCAUGCCGUCUCGUCGCACGGAGCGCCCGACCGCGAAGCCCAGCACAAGCGCUACAAUACUCCCUACUGACGAUCCCAAUGGUGCAGUCGUUAAUAGGAACAAGGAUCGAAUUGAUGAAAGUCCAACGCUUGUCUUACACAUUGGACCACACAAAACCGGUACCUCAACCAUACAGUGCGACCUUUCCCAUUUUCGAGGGGAGCUAUACGCGGAUGCGUCCGUUGCAUACAUAGGCCGUGUAUAUGGACAUUGCAUCAAUCCAAGUGUGGCCUCGGGUCCGGUAUUUGACACCCGGGGAUUGAUCAAUACGUGCUUUAAAUCAUCGCUGUGCACGAAUACAUCGCUUUGGAGAAAUUUGGAAGCUCAGCUGCAUCAUUAUGCUAAUCACAACAAAAGCGUCAUUAUCUCAGACGAGGCUUUUAGUAGAAUGGGGAUCAUAGUUGGUGACAGCGUGGAUAAUCGCAUUGUACUCUACAGGCUUCUGAACAAGUAUUAUCCCGGCCGUGUACGUGUUGUGGUCAUGUAUCGCAGAUACUACGAAUGGAUGCAAAGCAUGUGGAACGAAGGCAACAAACCUCACAAGAACUUUUACGAUCCAGUUAGUCCUUACAAAGAAAAAUUUCAAAAGUGGCCUUCAGAAGGUGGAAAAACAUGCAAAACAUUUUUAGAGUACAUAACCCGCAAGCACAAAAAAGUUGCUAGAGAUAAACUCAAAUGGUCAGAAUACCAAAAACUGGCAGAGAUAGACAAUAUCCACGUUGCGGAAUAUCUUCGGAGAUUGUGGAAAAACCAUUCAAGCAAUGUAGUGAUGCUCAACAUGCAUGAAAUGGAGCACAAAAACGAUGGUGAAGAUAUUACAACCCUUUUGCUUCGAGAGAAUUUGUCGCUUGUGGCAGGAGAUGUGCUACGCAUGGCGAAAGCCAAUGCUAGCUAUGUCGGUCGACCCAAUCCCUCCAAAAAUUUUGACUAUGACAGGCUUGCAGUCAAGGCCCACGAGCGUGGAUUGCUUGUGAAUCAAAGUGCUACUCUCCGCUUCGAAAUUGCUCAAAUAGCUGAGAAGUAUUUGCUACAAAAACUGAACAAGACCAAAGACAGCCUACCGUUUGUGUGCCUAAACCAAACGCAUCUCGAAAGCCUGCUUCAGAAAUCGCUACAAUACGAACGUGAAAUCUAUCCUGACCUGUCGGAAGAAGCUACCAAGCACCACGAGGAGGCCUUCUUUAAAGCGUUCGAACGAAAGAAAUUCUGUAACUUUGAUACCGACAAACUAAUCGAGGACAAUGCAGUGCAAAACUUCUUCACAAAAGAUAUUCCACAGUUGCUGGACAUUCGGUGAAGCUCCGACCGACGAUUCUUCGCUGAUUUCUACCAUUCCCAUCGCUUUCAAAAUUCGUCGAAGCGUGCUUGUCGUUGCCAUUUGGUUUCGCUUGUUUCCGCAUUGCUUUCGGGGACGGGCUGAAGGGGGGGGUGGUCCAGAGGUUUACGAACAACCAUUUCUGAAAGGAUGUUCUCCAUUUUGCAUGCGUACCAGGCGAGCUGGCACAGGUUAUACACCAUCCAAACAGGUUAUAUGGUUUGCCGCAACCCCAGUAUUUGUGGAGUAAGGGUUUAGCUCUGUCUCCAUUCAAGCGGUGGAACAUACCGCAGCAGACCGAACAAUUAUUUUGCCCUUAGAGAAACGACAGCCGGGCCGACGACCACGCACUACUCUUGUAUGUUGACCAAUCGCCAAAUAGAUUUUGGUCUGGAAGGUCACAAGUAUUUUCACGGUAUCUGCAAAUACGAAUGUAUUUUCACUUCCGUUUAUUUUGUUACGCACAUAUUUUUGUACCCACAAUAUUUAGUGGUACAUUAACUUUUUCCCGUCGCGUGUUGCCAAAUGUUGCCACCUGGAAAAUUUAGGAUUUUUUUUUUUUUGGUAGUACUCCACUACUGCUCCACUUAUCACACCCCUCUCAUCACCAAUAACAAUAUUAUAGGAAUAUCUUUAACAAAUAUAAAUUAUUCAU